AUGCGAGCAGAGGGGAGUGCAGAGGGGCGAGCAGAGGGGCGAGCAGAGGGGCGAGCAGAGGGAGGUGUUGGUGCGGCUGCUAGGAGACUAGCUGGUGGCUCUGUUUGGGUCGAGGUGAGCCUAAAGGGGAGGCCUGAAAGGGACGUGUUAGAGCGAUUGCUACGGGACUCCCUGCUCCCUUGCGACCCCACUCCGUGGCUGUGCUGCAAUGUGACCAGCGGUGAGCGGGGAGGAUGGGUCGGGGAGGAGCCGACAUUACUGGAGGAGGGCAGUACUGGAACAGGUGUGCUGGUGGGUGGGCGGGCCUGUGCAGGUGCUGCUGCUCUCCUGCGACCUCUGCACGAGCAGAAGGUGUGGGCAGCAGCAUCGGCCAUGAGGCAUGCCACGCUGAGCCCCUCUCAGUGCAAGUGGCACGCGCAGAAGGUGUGGGCAGUAGCAGCAGCCAUGAGGCAUGCCGCGCUGAACCCCAGUGCAAGUGGUGACACUCGCUUCCUCCCUGCUCGCCCUCUCCAACCGCACACUCCGCCUUCCCACACCGUGACUGCCCCUCGAUAA